CCCUUUCACUCCAAGCAAUUACCAAAGAACUAAGUCAUAAUUUUUCCCUCAUUAAUUCUUUCUAGUUUUUCUUGUUCAUUUUUCCCAAAAUGGUUCUCUCGAAAACCUCCUCUGAGUCGGACGUUUCCGUACACUCCACUUUUGCCUCUCGCUAUGUUCGAACUUCCCUUCCAAGGUUUGAGAUGGCGGAGAAUUCGAUACCAAAAGAGGCAGCAUUCCAAAUAAUUAACGACGAGCUGAUGCUAGAUGGGAAUCCAAGGCUGAACUUGGCUUCAUUUGUGACAACAUGGAUGGAGCCAGAGUGUGAUAAGCUUAUGAUGGACUCCAUUAACAAGAACUAUGUUGACAUGGAUGAAUACCCUGUUACCACUGAGCUUCAGAAUCGGUGCGUGAACAUGAUAGCACGUUUAUUCAACGCGCCACUAGAAGAGGAGGAGACAGCAAUUGGAGUGGGAACAGUUGGUUCAUCAGAGGCCAUAAUGCUAGCAGGGCUUGCAUUCAAGAGAAAUUGGCAAAACAAACGCAAAGCUGAGGGAAAACCUUAUGAUAAGCCCAACAUUGUCACUGGUGCCAAUGUUCAGGUGUGCUGGGAGAAAUUUGCGAAUUAUUUUGAAGUGGAACUGAAAGAAGUGAAGCUAAGGGAAGGGUACUAUGUAAUGGACCCAGUCCAGGCUGUAGAGAUGGUUGAUGAGAACACUAUUUGUGUUGCUGCAAUCUUGGGUUCAACUCUUAACGGAGAAUUUGAAGAUGUCAAGCUCUUGAAUGAUCUUCUCAUUGAAAAGAACAAGCAAACUGGAUGGAACACACCAAUUCAUGUGGAUGCAGCAAGUGGUGGAUUCAUUGCUCCAUUCCUGUACCCAGAGUUGGAAUGGGACUUUAGGCUUCCCUUAGUGAAGAGCAUAAAUGUGAGUGGGCACAAGUAUGGGCUUGUCUAUGCUGGUAUUGGUUGGGUUAUUUGGAGGACCAAACAAGAUUUGCCUGAAGAACUCAUUUUCCACAUCAACUAUCUUGGAGCUGAUCAGCCCACCUUUACUCUCAAUUUCUCCAAAGGUUCAAGUCAAGUCAUUGCUCAAUAUUAUGAGCUAAUCCGUUUGGGCUAUGAGGGAUACCGAAAUGUAAUGGAGAACUGUCGCGAAAAUGCCAUUGUUCUAAGGGAAGGACUUGAAAAAACAGGACGUUUCAACAUAGUCUCCAAAGAUGAAGGUGUCCCUUUGGUGGCCUUUUCCCUCAAGGACAAUAGCCGUCACAAUGAGUUCGAGGUGUCCGAGACGCUCCGUAGGUUCGGGUGGAUUGUCCCGGCCUACACGAUGCCCGCUGACGCCCAACACGUCACGGUGCUUCGCGUGGUGAUCCGGGAGGACUUCUCGCGAACCCUAGCAGAGCGUCUCGUCCUCGACAUUGUCAAGGUCCUCCACGAGCUGGACACACUUCCAGCUAGGCUGAGCGCCAAAUUAGAGGAGGUGAAGCUGGUCAAGAAUGGAAAGAAAUCUGAACUUGAAGUUCAAAGGGAAGUUACCAAUUAUUGGAAGAAGUUUGUUUUAGCUAGGAAAGCACCUGUUUGCUAGAGAAGGAUUGUUGAAGGAAUAAGUAACAAAACUAUGAUUUUCCUUUUAUGUUUUUGGUUAUCUUUCCUCCUAAAUUUUGUUGAAAAACAAAAGAAAUUUUCAUAAGAAUGAUGACGGUAGCAAAUUUUUAAUGUAAUGGGAAUUUCUUCUUUGAAGUUCGUUUUUGUUCUAUUGAAUUUAUAUUAUGUUUA